UGAAGCUCAGUAUUACAACCAAAACAAGCUCGGAUCAUAGCUAGCUUAGCUUCUUCCACCUCAAACCUCAUAGCUAGCUAGCUCAGCUGGUUGUUGAUCAAUGCUAGCUUAGCUUCUCUUCUGCCACCUCAGACCUGCAGCUAGCUAGCUCGAUCUCGAUCAAGCGCAACAUAUUGACCGAUGGAUCCAAACACCCCCGAUCGCUUCGACGCCGAUGAGCUGAAGCAUAUCGUGCGCGCCGGUUCUUCUCCAGCGAAGAUAGACUGGGGCAACGAGGAGCACCGCCGUUGCAUCGUCGCCUGCAUGGUCAAAGGCGCUUACGUCCUCGAGAGCGACAGAGCGAUGGGCAGGACAGAGGCGGCAUCGCUGGCGCCGGCGUGGUGGGAGAGCUUUCACUUCCGCCUCCACGGUGAACUCACGGAGGACGCGGCCAUAUAUGGUGCCAUCUACGAGCACGUGCCCGGCCCCCGCCACCCAUCCGCUCCGCUCUAUGUCGUCGCCUUCAGGGGCACCAUGCCCAAUCACCCCGACUGGGCAGUGGUGAUGAAAGACCUCUACCUUGACUUCAAAAUAGUGAUCAACAAACUGAAGAAACGCACGCGCUCCAAGCUAGCGUGCGGGGCAGUCGACGAGCUUAUGGAUGGCCAGGCCAGCCUAGGAAGCGCCGACGUCUGGCUCGCCGGGCACUCUCUCGGCGCUUCGCUGGCGCUGGACGUGGGGCGGGACAUGAUGGAGAAGCGGGAGCUCAACCUCCCGACCUUCCUCUUCAAUCCGCCGCAGGUGUCACUGACAGCGGCGGUGAACUUUGUGAAGGCGCAGGACGUGGCCAAGAGGCACCUGCACUUCACGAGCUACUUCUUCAAGGCCGGUGCGGCGACGGUCUCGGGUUGCCACAGGGAGCGCAUGGAGAAGCUGUUCGAUCGGCUUUCCCCGUGGGUGCCGAAUCUGUACCUGCACGACAAGGACUGGAUCUGCCAAGGCUUCAUCGACUACUUUGAGCUGCGGCAGCGGUUCCUGGACCGUUUUCCCCGUGUUGCAAGCAAGUCCAUGACAUUGUCGUACAGGGACAUGCUCUGGCGCCUGCUUGGCAAGGACAAGGAGCGCCCGCACCUACUCCCAUCGGCGAUGCUGUGGAAGACCUCGCAAAUCAGCCUCGGCGCGCACGGGCUCCAGCAGUGGUGGAAACCAAACGCCGAGCUCGGCUUGGGUGCCGGCACGCGUUAUAGCUACCCUGUACCUGAAGCAUAAACUAGCUACUUCUAGUUCUAUAAACGCCCGCAAGGUGCCAGUUUAUCAUCCCAACUCUUUCUUGCAAAAUUACAAGAGCUAUAGUGACUUCUAGAUUUUGUGGUAG